AUGUGUCAAGAGAACACGCGGGGUGACUGGGGUGUCCAGAAAUCCGAUCUCUUGCACGCUUCUGCUCGGUUGCUGAGUCUCGACGAGGCCGUGUGGCGUGCGCUCUCGCAUAAAGUCAGGCAUGUUGGAAUGAGCUUGCCUUACCUCUCCAGUUUUCCCCCUACAGUCAUGUCGCAGCAGCCAAGCGCUGAAAGACCCAGCGACUUUAAUACUAUGCAACUCCCUCAUGCUAUGCAACCAAUCCCCAACCCAAACUUUCCGCUUCAGUGCCACGAAGCAAAAAAUUUGCUAUGGGUAGAAUCAGAUCUUCUCGACCCCUUCGUUCAUGGCGAAGACUGGUCAGUAGACAACAGCCAUACGAUUUCACAGGGAAGUGCCGACACCUUUACCCAUAAAUUUAAGGCGGAGCAAUAUGAAGUCAACGCACCGAUAAAUCAUUGCCCACUCAUGGUGGUAGCUCUUCGUGAUGUAGUUUUCCCUUCCACAUACACCGCAGCUUUGCCGGUUUUGACUCUCCACAACCAUGCUCUCGAUCAAUUUGACCGUGCUCAAGACCUUAUGGAUAAUUCAAAUUUCAUGAGUUUUCAAGUCGGUCUCGACGCUCCAGCGACAUCAUCGAGCAGUAGAUAUGAUUCCAGAAUGCAGCGCAUGAGGUUCCUCGACUUUCUUGAUAGUCCUCAACCAUGGGCUGGAAGUAGUGUUAGCAACGAGGCGAAUACCUAUCAUGAUCCGAACGAUAGAGCGUGUGCGAGCCGCAAUGAUCACCAGGAAAACAUGGGCCAUUCACGUGGCAUCCCAGGCCAAGCGCUUGAGGUCAAACGAUCCGUAGUGGGAUCCCGAGGGGUGACUGCUGCGACGAAGGCCCGAAGAAAAGAUCAGAACCAACCAGGGAGACCACAUGAACUCGCACUAUGGGAUUAA